AUGUUUGUUUAUUGGCUGCUUCUGGGCCUUGCUGCACUUACUCACCCUGCUGAAAGUGCUAAUUGGGGAUGCUAUGGAAAUAUCAGAAACAUCGAUACCCCUGGAGCUUCAUGUAUAAUUGGAAGACGUAGAGGACUAAAUUACUGUGGUGUUCGUGCUUCUGAAAGGCUGGCUGAAAUGGACUUGCCAUAUGUGCAGAGAUAUCAGCCCACAUUGAGAGUAGUUGGCCAAAAAUACUGUGUGGAUCCUGCUGUGAUUGCUGGUAUCAUGUCCCGGGAGUCAUAUGGAGGCAAUGUCUUUGCCAAUGGGGGAAAUGUAACUGGUGGUGUCCAGCACAUUCCUACUUACUGGAGCAGUGAUACACGGGCUGUUCAGGUUAUAGAGAGUCUGACGACAAGAAUCAAAGAAAUUCAGAGGAGAUUCCCAACAUGGACCACUGACCAGUAUCUGAGAGGUGGACUCUGUGCCUACGGUGAAGGCAGAGGAUAUGUCAGAAGUAAUCAAGACCUCGGUUGUGACUUUUGCAAUGAUGUCCUGGCUCGAGCCAGAUAUUAUAAGAGACGUGGAUUCUAACUUAAAGAUACAUAAAGAAAGACUGUGUUGUCUAGAUUGAGCUAUUCAUUGUUAUCAUGGGAAACAUUA